GAAGAGGAGCAGCGGGAGGCGGCGGCCGGCUCGGCCCAGCGCAGCCCGCAGCUGCAGCGGUUGGGUGUGCGGGCGGCGGCGGCGGCGGCAGCGGUGGCGGCGGAGCUCCCAUCCCGGCUCCUGACCGCCCCCCGCCGCUGCCCGGUUUCGCACUUGGUCCCCGUGUCUGCGCCGCGUUGGGCCAGCCCACGCCCGCCGCCGCUUCCCCAGCCAUGGCCCUGGUGCGGGACGCCGAGCCGGCGGCUGGGCCCUCUCGCUGGCUACCCACGCACGUUCAGGUGACCGUGCUGCGGGCCCGCGGACUGCGGGGCAAGAGCUCGGGUGCGGGCAGCACCAGCGACGCGUAUACGGUCAUCCAGGUGGGCCGUGAGAAGUACAGCACGUCGGUGGUGGAGAAGACGCCGGGCUGUCCCGAGUGGCGCGAGGAGUGCUCCUUUGAGCUGCCGCCGGGAGCCUUGGACGGCCUGCUGCGGGCGCAGGAGGCUGAUGCGGGCCCGGCGCCCUGGGCCGCGGGCUCCGCCGCCGCCUGCGAGCUGGUGCUCACCACCAUGCACCGCUCACUCAUCGGCGUGGACAAGUUCCUGGGCCAGGCCACGGUGGCACUGGACGAGGUCUUUGGUGCAGGCCGCGCCCAGCACACACAGUGGUACAAGCUGCACUCCAAGGCAGGCAAGAAGGAGAAGGAACGUGGGGAAAUCCAAGUCACCAUCCAGUUCACUCGCAACAACUUGAGCGCCAGUAUGUUUGACCUGUCCAUGAAGGACAAGCCACGGUCCCCCUUCAGCAAGAUCAAGGACAAAAUGAAGGGCAAGAAGAAGUAUGACCUGGAAUCGGCCUCUGCUAUCCUCCCAAGCAGCAUCCCGGGGGAUCCUGAGCUGGGCAGCCUGGGCAAGAUGGGCAAAGCCAAAGGUUUCUUCCUCCGCAAUAAGCUGCGCAAGUCAUCCCUGACCCAGUCCAACACCUCACUGGGCUCGGACAGCACCCUGUCCUCGGCCAGCGGGAGCCUGGUCUACCAGGGCCCAGGCGCCGAGCUCCUCACCCGCUCGCCCAGCCGCAGCAGUUGGCUGUCCACCGAAGGGGGCAGGGAUUCUGCACAGUCCCCUAAGUUGCUCACCCACAAAAGGACCUACAGCGACGAGGCUAGCCAGAUGCGAGCAGCCCCACCGCGGGCCCUUCUAGACCUUCAGGGCCACCUCGACUCCGCCUCCCGCUCUUCUCUCUGCGUUAACGGGAGCCACAUUUACAACGAGGAGCCCCAGGGCCCCUUGCGGCACCGGAGCUCCAUCUCUGGCCCGUGUCCGCCCUCCAGCUCCCUGCACAGCGUCUCUUCCAGGCCUUCUGAGGAGGGGCCGUGGGCUGCAGAUGACUCCUGGGGCAGAGGCAGCCACGGCACCAGCAGUUCAGAGGCAGUGCCUGGACAGGAGAUGCUGAGCACUCAGGCCAAAGUGCUGGCCCCGGGUGCCAGUCACUCUGGAGAGGAAGAGGGGGCCCGGCUCCCAGAGGGGAAGCCAGUGCAGGUUGCCACGCCCAUGGUGGCCUCCUCCGAGGCUGUGGCAGAGAAGGAAGGAGCGCGGAAGGAGGAGCGGAAGCCCCGGAUGGGCCUCUUCCACCAUCACCACCAGGGGCUGAGUCGGAGCGAGUUGGGGCGCCGUGGCUCUCUGGGGGAAAGAGGGGGUCCCACCUUGGGGGCCUCCCCUCAUCAUUCAUCCGGCGGGGAGGAAAAGGUCAAGAGUAGCUGGUUUGGCUUGAGGGAAGCCAAGGAACCAACACAGAAACCCAGCCUGGACGUGUCUCCUCAGGUAGAACCUGACCCAGCUGCUGUUCCUCACCACCUCCCCUGCUCCCCCUGUGCUCCGGCCCCUCCCACUCCUGCUCCCAUCGCUGCUCCCAUGCUAAGCACUAACCUUUUUGCAGCUGCCUCCCCUGCUGCUGCCACUGCUGCUGCUGCCACGGCCGCCCCUGAAGCCACCCCAUCUGGAUUUUUGGGUCUCACCAACCCGUUCCUCACCUCCUUGCAGAGCAACCCUUUCUUCGAGGAACUCAGAGCCGACAUAGCACUAAACUCUCCUUCACAUGCUCCCUCUCUCCCCAGUGCCUCGAGGGCCAGCCCCACCCCCCUGGCCUCCCCUGGGAAAGCCCCGCCUGAGUGGGACGACACCUUCAGCGUCUGUACUGCCGGCAGGCAACGUCCAGAGGCCAGGAGCGAGAUCCUGGCCCCUGCAGAAGUGGGGCUGGAGGCGACUGGGCUGCAAGACCCAGGCCCUGGGGCCAAGACAGUGAAGGCAGCUGAGCUCCCGGGGGACCCUGGGGGAGGAGGACAAAGUGGGAGCAGUGUGUGGCCGGAGCCCAGGGUUCCUCCGGACUUGGGACUGGACCACCAGAGCACGAGUACGGCUGACUCGGAGCCCCUGGGGUUGGUAGGGGCAGGCCUGCCCUCCACAUCAGUGUUGCUUCACCCACAAGCCUCAGACUCCGAAGCAGACAGGGAGCCGACAGCCCCAGGAGGCGAAGCAGGGCAGAGCCCAGCAGACAGUGCGACAUCUCUGUUUAGCUCCCCAGAGGUGAUCAGUGUGUGGGAGAGGCUGCCGGGCCCAGACGACGCCCCCGAGGACCCGGAUGAGCAGGCCUCUGAAGGCGAAAGCCAGCUUUUGCACGAGCUCAAUACAGUCGACAGUUCCUGGCCUUGGGAUGUGGUCACCAUUUCUCCUGCAGCUGAGAUGUCCUCACCAAUCCGGGGAGAGUCCAAUGAGCUGCCUCCUUCCCAGGUGCAGCCAGAGUCGCCAGAACCUGUGAGCCCCAAGGGGAGCCAGGGGCUUCCCUCACUGGAGCUGGAGCCAACACCUGAGUGGGUGUCGGACAAGGGGCUGCAGUCCAGCAUGCCACCCCCCAAGCCACCCCGCCUCUUCACACCCUCAGAUUUCCAGGACAAGGAGGAGGAGGCGGAGGAGGAGGAGGAGGAGAUGGCUGCAGGGGGGCUGAACAGCAGGGGGGCAGAGACAGGAGAAGAAGACACCUUCCCAAGCGCACUGGUUGCUGGUCCCCGGGAGGCCAAGGCGGAGGGCAGGAAGCGGGGGUCAGAGUCGGACAGCUGUUCUUCUGGAACUCUGCUGGGCGAGCCAAGCCUGGAAGAGCCAGCGGAGGAUGCUAGCCCGCCUGUGUCUGGGUCCUGCCUCUCUCUGUCCACCGGCUGCCCCAAGGGUCCUGCCCCCGUACCCUCCUACUCAAAGAGCCUGGCUUUUCAGAGUCAGCAGAUCUGGGGGGCUCCGGAGAGAGGAGGUCCUGAGGCCCAGAGUCAGGGGCCAGCAGAAGAAGGGCUUGGACCUCUGCCAGGCAGCUCCCAACAGGCUGACUUGUGGGCCCUGGAGGAGGAUGCCAUGAACCCCUUCUUGUCUCAGGGGAGCCAAGACCCCCCCAGCCUCCCAUCCACAUCUCCUCCAGGGUCCAGAGACUCUUCCAUCCACUCUGGUCCAGAAGAGCUGCUCACUCCCCCAGAGCCUGGCUUUCCACCGCCCCCUCUCCCACCCUGGGCCAGCCACCGCCACGGGGGGCCCAGCCCUCUGUGCUCUCCCCUACCAGGAGCCUGGCCCCUGACCUCUUCCUCCCCACCCCCUGGGGAGCCAGCCUCCCCCACCCCACUUGGGGAAGACCGCGCUGCAGCCACCCCAGCCUCCCUGCUUGUGCUUCUGCCCUUGGAGACACGACCAGCUGAGGAGCCACAGCCCAGCGCCAGUCCCCACCCUGUGAAGCCCCUCAGUGCUGUCCCUGUGGAGGGCAGCCCCGACAGGAAGCAGCCCCGCUCCAGUCUGAGCACGGCCCUGAGCAGUGGGCUGGAGAAGCUCAAGACAGUCACAUCUGGCAGCAUUCAUCCUGUGGCACCGGCCUCCCAGGCUGGCCAGACCGUGGACACCAAGCAGCUGAAGGAUUCAGGUGUGCUGGACCAGUCGGCCAAGUACUACCACCUGACCCACGAUGAGCUCAUCGGCCUGCUCCUGCAGCGGGAGCGCGAGCUGAGCCGGCGAGAUGAGCAUGUACAGGAGCUGGAGAGCUACAUUGACCGGCUGCUGGUGCGGAUCAUGGAGACCUCACCCACACUGCUGCAGAUCCCCCCCAAACCCUCCAAGUAGCCCUCCUCAUCCCCCCACCCUGGAAGGGUUGGCGUGGACCCACUGCCCAAACAGGGCUCAUACCCUCCCUCCUCCUGCUGAACUCACUGUCACCUGGGGCCGGGUGCAGCCUGUCCUCUGUUGUCACCCCUCGCUCUCUCUCCCUCCUGCCUCAACUGGGGCUGCUGGAAGGGGGUGGGGGGCUUUGGACUCCCAUAGGUGAUGGAUCUUACACACCUGUCUAUUUUCAUACCCCUUAACUUUGGGGGCUCCAGGAAUUGGAACAAAGAAUUUAGCCCUCAAGAUGGAGCAGGGGUGAGCUGCAAUUUGAUGUGGAAUCUGAGACAUACUUUAUUACCCCACAGGGAUGGUCAGCCAUUUCUUCCACAGCUAAACGCUUGUCCUCUUCAUCUCCCUCCAGCCCCUGGAGGGCUCCUAGUAUUACUGGGGCUGUGGCAGGGACCAAGUUGCCCACUUGUCUGAGUUAUGGGCAACCAGGGCACCUACUCUUCAGCCUCAUGUCCGUCCCCCUGGGAACAAGGAUCCUGUAUGGUCUAGUGUUGUGUCUGCCGUGUCCUGAGUCUGUCUGUCUCCAGCUGUUUGCGGAGCAAGUGUGGUGUGGAUGGAGGGAGACGAUGUGCAUCCUCCAGGUUACUCCCUACCCUUCUCUUCUACCUUUCCGUGAGUGUCAUGUGUGAAUGUGUGGAGAGCUGGGGCAGGUGGGGGGAGAGCACCUCCUCAUCCACCUCCAAGGUGUGGGCCCCUCCAGGCCUUGGGGCUUUGGGUGACUUACGUUUGGGGAUCAAGCUUCCAUCCCUGUUCUCGUUGCCUGUCCAGAUGCCAAAACUCUGUGCUGCUACAGGGUUUGAACUUUUGGAAACUGAUAAAAUGUGCCUUUUGUGGGUGGGGUCAAGAGCCUCUGGAUGUAGGCCCCGCCCCCUGGUUGGCGCCCCGCCCCCUCCCUGUUGAGCACCGGGGGGCUGGAUCUGGCAGGGCCCUGGUAACAGGAAUGGAGGAUGGGGCAGCCCUGCUGCAUCCCCUUCCCUAGAGUUAAUUUCAUAAGGGUCUUGCCAAGCUGCUGCUGUGCCCUUCACCUCUCUGCUAUCUUCUUACUCCCUCAACACCAAUUGAGGGGAAUCCUGGGGAAAAACUACAUUCUGGAAGUGGGAGGUCCCACUCUGCCUAUACUUAGGAGAAAGCCUUUGUUGCUCUUCCAUCCAUCAACUAGCUGCUGUCUCAGCUUGUCCCUUCUGCCCCAUGGCCCUCCCUGGCUUGGCUAGUGUCCUUUGAAACGAAGUAUCUGUCCUGUGGUCCAGCCCUGGUUUGUUUGCAGAAGACAUAGCAGGCUUCCCCACAAGGUCUGCAGGGGACCUUUGGUGGCUUAGAGCACCCUGCAUUGGCAAAGCUGUAGGGUGAGGAGGUGCUGAUGGAGGCUACUUUUGACCCAGUGAGGUGAGAGCUCCUUUGGAUCGCCUCUUCUUCAUGAGUGGGCCUGUGGGGGCCCUCUGUGGGGUCACUUGGAAAGCCUUGGAAGGGGAUGUGCUCUGUGGAGGGAUGUCUUCUGCCAGGACGAAGCAGAGGAGCCCCACUUAUGGGGGAAAGCCCUUGUAAUGUUAUCUACCUUAAGGACCACUCAUCAAAACUGAGGAGUGUCCACAGGUACCCAGGACUUCGGUCAUGUGUUUGGUGGGGGCGUCUUUUCUGGGGGGAAGGGGGUCACUUCACUACUAGGUACUCCUCUGGGCUCUAUUCAGUCCCAGCCCUGAUCCUCACCUUCUACUCAUCCUUGAUUUUGGGCCUCCAAAAUGCCCAGGUCAGGGAUGUCUUCUGAAGAGUUGGAAGUUGAAGCCCAAGGCUCUUGUUGGAUGUUUCUGCUCCUGGCCACAAGCUGGAGGAGAGCCGUAGGUGGGGUGGGCAGGGAGCAGGCACAGUUCUGCUUAGCUGUUUGUCUUCCUAGUUGUAACUUCUGUUUAUAAAGAGCUUGUUCUUCAUGUUUUGAGCACUUUAUGAAGAAUAAAACAUUCACAGACUGC